AUGUCAAAAAAGAUAGAGGAGAAGUCAGACGACGAGGCAUUGGUUUUGGACUAUAUGAUCAAACAGAACAAACCUUUCAACGCAAAAACGAUCUUUGAGAAUUUGAAAAAAGCGGUGAAGAUGGCAACUCUCAACAAAGUCCUUGACGGUUUAGUAGAACAAGGAAAGCUACGAGAAAAGGCUAAUGGAAAACAGAAGAUAUAUUGGUACAACCAAGAUCUUAUUGAAGGUGUUUCGGCUGAGGCUUUACAUGAUUUGGAUGCCAAAAAGGCAGAGUUGGUCUCGCAGUUGAAAGACGCCAAAGACGAAUUAGAAAUUGCCGAAAAGGAAAACAAAGGGUUGAAGACUCAAAUGUCGAACGAAGAUAUCCAGAAGCAGCUGAAGGAGGUUACAGACGAGGUGGCGGUAUUAGAAAAGAAGUGUGAAAACUGCAAAAACGCCAAACCGAUCGACCCCAAACAAAAAGAAAAAAUGAUGAAAGAGAGAGAGGAGUAUUUGAGGGAGUGGAAGAAAAGGAAAAGAAUUACAAAGGAAGCUGCGGAAGCUGUUUUAAGUGGGUCAGCAAUGAAGCUUUCAAAGUUUUAUGAACAACUUGGUAUUGAAACGGACGAAGCGAAUGGUUUAACCCCAGAGAUGAUGACGGGGAAGUUUGAGGAGAAGCGACCUAAUCCUGUGGGUAAGGGUAAAAAAAAGAAAUAA